AUGCAUUCUAACCUGAUUUCUGGCUCUCUCUUUUCUCAGCUUUCAUUCUUUUCUUUCUCUUUGCUUCCAUUAUUUUUAGUCUUAUCUCUGGUUCUCUAUCUUCUCAUAUUUGGUUCUUUUGGUUCUCUUUGUCUUAUCUCUGGUUCUCUGUCUUCUCAUAUUUGGUUCUUUUGGUUCUCUUUGUUAUCUUUUGGGUUUCUGUCUGCUAUAAUCUCCCCAUCCAUUUCUAACCUCUCUUUUCUCAACUUUCAUUCUUUUCUUUCUCUUUUCUUCCAUUCUUUUUCUUUCUCUGUCUUCUCAUAUUUUUUUUUUGUCUUAUCUUUGGUUCUCUGUCUUCUCAUAUUUGUCUUAUCUCUGGUUCUCUGUCUUCUCAUAUUUGGUUCUUUUGGUUCUCUUUGUUAUCUUUUGGUUUCUCUGCUCUGCUAUAAUCUCCCAUCCAUUCUAACCUUUCUGAUUUCAUGGUUCUCUCUUUUCUCAACUUUUGGUUCAUUCUUUUCUUUUCUCUUUUCUGGCUUCCAUUAUUCUUUUUUCUCUUUCCUUUAUCUUAUUUCUGUUCUCUCUCUUCUUAUAUUUGGUUCUUUUGGUUCUCUUUGUUAUCUUUUGGGUUUUCUGUCUGCUAUAAUCUCCCAUCCAUUCUCACCCUAUUUAUCGCUUCCUAUUAUUUUUAGUCUCUCUUUUUCUCUCAAUUUGGUUCUUUCAUUCUUUUUUUUCUUUGCUUCCAUUAUUUUUAGUCUUAUCUCUGGUUCUCUGUCUUCUCAUAUUUGGUUCUUUUGUUCUCUUUUGUUAUCUUUUGGGUUUCUGCCUGCUAUAAUCCUCCCCUUUCUAACCUUAUUUCUGGCUCUCUCUUUUCUCAAUUUUCGUUCUUUUGUUUCUCUUUGCUUCCAUUACUUUUUUAGUCUUAUCUCUGUCUUAUCUCUGGUUCUCUGUCUUCUUAUAUUUGGUUCUUUUGGUUCUCUUUGUUAUCUUUUGGGUUUCUGCCUGCUAUACUCUCCUCUCCUUUCUAACCUUAUUUCUGGCUCUCUCUUUUCUCAAUUUUCGUUCUUUGUUUCUCUUUGCUUUCAUUACUUUUUAGUCUUAUCUCUGUCUUAUCUCUGGUUCUCUGUCUUCUUAUAUUUGGUUCUUUUGGUUCUCUUUGUUAUCUUUUGGGUUUCUGCCUGCUAUACUCUCCUCUCCUUUCUAACCUUAUUUCUGGCUCUCUCUUUUCUCAAUUUUCGUUCUUUGUUUCUCUUUUGCUUUCAUUACUUUUUUAGUCUUAUCUCUGGUUCUCUGUCUUCUUAUAUUUGGUUCUUUUUGGUUCUCAUUGUUAUCUUUUGGGUUUCUGCCUUCUAUAAUCUCCUCUCCUUUCUAACCUUAUUUCUGGCUCUCUUUUUCUCAAUUUUCUCUUAUCUCUGGUUCUCUGUCUUCUUAUAUUUGGUUCUUUUGGUUCUCUUUGUUAUCUUUUGGGUUUCUGCCUGCUAUAAUCUCCUCUCCUUUCUAACCUUAUUUCUGGCUCUCUCUUUUCUCAAUUUUCCUUCUUUGUUUCUCUUUGCUUCCAUUACUUUUUUAGUCUUAUCUCUGGUUCUCUGUCUUCUUAUAUUUGUCUUAUCUCUCUCUCUCUUCUUAUAUUUGGUUCUUUUGGUUCUCUUUUCUUAUCUCUGGUUCUCUCUCUUCUUAUAUUUGGUUCUUUUGGUUCUCUUUGUUAUCUUUUGGGUUUCUGUCUGCUAUAAUCUCCCAUCCAUUCUAACCCUAUUUAUCGCACUCUCUUUUCUCAACUUUCAUUCUUUUCUUUCUCUUUGCUUCCAUUACUUUUUAUUCUUAUCUCUGGUUCCCUGUCUUCUCAUAUUUGACUUGUCUCUCGUCCUCUGUCUUCUCAUAUUUGGUUCUUUUGGUGCUCUUUGUUAUUUGUUUGGUUUCUCUCUGCUAUUAUCUCCCCUUCUUUCUUAUUGUAUUUCUUGUUCACUCUUGUCUCAUGUUGAUUUCUAUAUCCCCACUGUUUCUUUCUUUCUUUCUUUCUAUCUAUCUAUCUAUCUAUCUAUCUAUCUAUCUGUUGAGGUGCUGUUAGCUUUUGAACACAUCUAUCUAUCUAUCUAUCUAUCUAUCUAA